CUCUCUCUAAAAAAACCAAAGAAGAAGAGGAAGAAAAUAAGGUAUGGCGUUCAAGAAAACCCUAGCUGAGCGCCUAUUCAAUAUCUCCAAGAUCUCCACCCAGACCCUGAGAAACUGCCGGAUUUCCUCGUCGGCGGUGCACCUCCGGCCGGCGACGAAGCCUCGUGAGUCGAGCAUCUCCCCGGAGCCGGGAGACAAUAAUGCCGUUUUCCGGCGGGGCAUCCACAAGAGCGCCGCCGCCACCGACGUCUGGUCGGUCCCGAUCAGGGAUCAUCUGAAGGAGAUGCUCUGGUCCGGCGGCAUUUGCGGGAGCCGGAUUCGCCUCGACGGUCUGGGUCCGCCGGCGACGGUGGAGGCGGAGAGGGAGAGGAUGUCCGCGCCGGCGGUGACGGUGGAACUGACGGCGGAUGAGACGAGGAAGCUGCUGAGGGCGGCGCAGAUGGAGGCGGUGAAGGCGAGGCUCCGGGAGGUGGAGAAGACGUGGGUGACGUAUGCGGAGUUUGGUAGGAUUUGCUCGGAGGCUUGUUCGGAUCCGGAUCAGGGUCUCGGGUUUGCGAAAUCGCUGGAUGAGUGUGGCGCCGUUAUCGUUUUGGGAAAAGCCGUUUGCCUCAAACCUGAACAGGUAGCAAAAGCAAUCCAGGGCCUCAUUCCCAUCCCUGGAGCCACUCCAAAUGAUGCAAAAAUGAGGGAGCUAGAAGGCAUGGAGAAACAGAAAGCCCUAAUAGACCAGAAAGCCGAUGCCUUGGUGCGCAGGGAACUCUGGUUGGGGCUUGGCUAUCUCGUUGUCCAAACAGCCGGCUUCCUGAGGCUGACCUUCUGGGAACUCUCAUGGGAUGUGAUGGAACCCAUCUGCUUCUAUGUCACUUCAAUGUACUUCAUGGCUGGCUAUGCCUUCUUCCUCAGGACCUCCAAAGAGCCCUCUUUCGAAGGUUUUUUCCAGAGCCGUUUUGAUGCCAAGCAGAAGAAAUUGAUGAAGGAUCACAAUUUCGACUUGGGUAGGUAUGAGGAGCUCAGAAAAGCUUGUUACCCGCUCUCAUCUUUUUCAUCGGAUCUGGGAUACGGGUCAACUACCUUUGAUGGAACUAAGAAGAUGCCAAUGCAAUUUGGUUCCAAUGUUCUAUAGAAUGAGUAAUUUAAAGAGGCAGAAGGGAAUUCAAAUAACAAACCCCAAUUUUGCUAAACCAAAACCAGAUUUAACUCUAGAAAUUUAGUCCCCCCGGCUUUCUGUAGACAGUGAUGUGGAGUGUUAUGUUCUAUCUUGUAGAUUUUCGCUGAUACUAAAUACAUUACCGAUCAAACUUGAUUGGCAACCA